CUGUAUGAAUCUACGCGUAUCGCUAUUUCAUGCUAUUUGGUACACUGGCGCCGUUAAUUUCAAAUACAGUUUAAGUUAGCGAACGUUACCUAGCAUAUGUAUUAAACAGGGAAUCGAGCUUCAAAUUCGGACCCCGCAUUAAAAAAGACAAGGACUAUUUGCAAUUCCGUAGGCUUAUGCAAUAUCAUUUAUCGCUAUAGCUAUCCGAAGGAAUACUUAUAGACAGGUUCAUCCGAGGAGCGACUCCAAGUUGCCUACAAGUGCGAUCCGGUAUAAAGCGCAGUCACUGCUUUGUUGCAGCCUCCAAAACUGUGCAGUCAUAGGUGGAAACGUCGCAUGGGGCGGAACAGAGCUGUUAAUAUUUAACACACGAAGACAUAAAACAUGCAGUUUCAUCUGAAAUAUAAACCAAGGAUUAAUGUCCGGCGAGCGUGAGAGGAAAACAGGAUAGUAGAGCUGUAUUUAGCUUCUCAAAUGGCGUCGCUGAAAUCUUGGUUAACCAUCGAAGUUUUCAGAGGUUUAAUGAUAGUUUCCGAUCUUCUCAAAAUGAAUUAAAUUAUAAAGAGAUUCGAUUAUUUUGUAGCAGCUUCAGACCUUUCAGGUUCCCAGCUGCACCAGUAUGCAGGACCUGACCAGUGGUGUGGCCAUCGCACACGUGCUGCAUAAGAUAGACCUAUUCUGGUUCAACGAGGCCUGGCUUGGCAGGAUCAAAGAGGAAAGUGCCACAAACUGGCGUCUAAAGGUUAGCAACUUGAAGAAGAUUCUUCAGAGUAUACUGGAGUAUUACCAUGAUGUGCUAGGGCAUCCUAUCUCAGACAACCACCUGCCAGAUGUCGUCCUGAUUGGUGAAAUGGGAAAUGUGACUGAACUGGGCAAACUGGUGCAACUGGUGCUGGGAUGUGCAGUCAGCUGUGAGAAAAAGCAAGAACACAUUCAGCAGAUCAUGACCCUAAAGGAGUCGGUCCAGCAUGUGGUCAUGACAGCCAUCCAGGAACUUCUAACCAAAGACGCGUCGGAACCAGGAAGCCCUGAAAGGUUCCCGGACUUUGACUACCAGUCCAGAAAGUACUAUUUCCUUAGUGAGGAGGCUGAGGAUGACUUGAACCAGCGCUGCCGUGACCUGGAGCAUCAGCUGUCGGUGGUCCUGGAGGAGAAGACGGUGCUGCAGGCGGAAGCGCGGUCGAUGAGGGAGCAGCUCAGCCACAGUGCCCCCCUGUACGGCCCUGACGAGCCCAACAGCGUCAGCGGCAGGAAGGUGCUGCUGCUUCAGAGUCAGAUGGAGCAGCUGCGAGAGGAGAAUUUCAGGCUGGAGAGUUCCCGCGAGGAGAUGCGAGCCCGCGGGGACCUGCUGGAACGUGAGCUGCAGGACCUGCAGCGCCGCAGUGAGGAGCUGGCCAGGCUGGCCCAGGAAGCACAAAGCCUGAAGGACGAGAUGGACGUCCUGAGGCACUCGUCGGACCGCGCCGGCCGGCUGGAGGCAUUGGUGGAGUCGUACCGGCGCAAGCUGGAGGACCUGGGCGACUUGCGCCGGCAGGUGCGGCUGCUGGAGGAGCGUAAUGCGGCAUACAUGCGGCGCACGUGUGAGCUGGAGGAGGAGCAGCGCCGGAGCGGCGCAGUUCGGGGGCAACUGGACGCCUGCAGGCUGCAGGUACAGGAGCUCCAGGCCAAGCACUCGGCCGAGGCCCUGAAGGCAGAGAAGUGGCAGUUUGAGUACAAGACCCUGCAGGACAAGUACGAGUCGCUGCUGAAGGAGAGGGAGCGCCUCGUCUCGGAGCGGGACGCCUUGAGGGAGACCAGCGAGGAGCUGCGAUGCUCCCAGAUGCAGCAGACCUGUCUCAGCCAAGCAGGUACGCCCCCGCCCCGCUCACUCGGCACAUGGAAUGCUGCCUCGGCCCAUUUGACUGAUAGCGCCAUCUGCUGGCCCGCAGGUGCCUCGCUCCGGGAGCCGGUGGGAAACCUGGCGGCAGAAAUGAUGCCCGCGGAGUUCAGGGAAACGCUGCUCCGGUUACAGGGGGAGAACAGGCAGCUGCGUGCCCAGGAGGAAGACUCCAGGCGACAGCUGCAGGAGCUGGGGGCCGUGCUGGGGGCAUCACGGAGCAGCCAGGGUGCCAUGGAGGAGCAGGACAGGCUGAACCAGCUGCGCAUCUCGGAGCUGCAUUCCCAGCUGCAGCAGCUGCAGACGGCCCUGCAGUCAGGGGACAGGCCGUCCCCGCAUUCGCCCUUGCUGAAGAACAGACUGUCAGAACCCCUGGAGAAGGUCCAUGACAUGCCCUCUGACCUUCAGAAGAAGGGGGAGUUUAUCGACAGGCUGGAGCCCCGGGUCGACGCCAGCGUGGUGAGGAAGAUCGACGAGCUACAGGAAAUGCUGAGGAGGAAGGAUGAGGAGGUGAAGCGCAUGGAGCGGCAGUACAGACGUGCGACGGAGACGGCUCAUGCGGUGACUGAGACGCGGAACCCCCAGCCCCCAGCCGUGACGGUCUCCCCCGAGCCGCGGGCGCACAACAGCCAGCUGCCCGGGAAGAACCAGAAGAUCCAGGGUGUCGAGCAUGACUUUCAGAAGGUCCGGCCCCAAUUCGACCAGGAGGAGCGGAUCCUUAUCAAUGCCUGGUACAACAUGGGAAUGGCUCUGCACCAGAAGGUGACCAGCGAACGGUCAGGUUCCACGGCUCAGGGUCAGUCCUUCCUGGCCCAGCAGAGGCAGUCUACCUACGGCAGGAGGGGUUUGACCUCCAGACUGCAGGCUCGGCUGGAGGGAGAGAAGCCGGGGAAAGUGUGAGAGGACAGGAGAAGAGAAGGUACGAGAAGGUGUAGAUCACUGCUGCCAGGAUCUCAAUUUGUGCACUUCUUUCUGAAACCAAUGUUUUCUAUUUUGUGGAAGACUUUGGCUGCCCCCUUGUGGAUCUAUCCUGGAAUUGCACCACUUGACUGUUACAGGCUCUCUCAGUGGUCAUGAACUCAAAAAGCAUGUGCCACACUGCCAAGAAUUUACCGGGACUGUACUCACUUCUUUAAAAUACAAAAAUGGGAGCAUGCUCCCUGCAUGUGUUCUUUGACGGCAACGCCGUCAGAUUUUAUAUAUGAUCAUUUUAAAAUGUUGAGCUUUGGACACUUUGGGAUUGUUACAUGUUGCUAUGGGAAGAUGUUUGUAUUGGUUUUGGAUCGUGGUUUUUUUUUUCCUACUACAAGUUUUGUCCGUUAUCUGUGAAGUAAUGGAGGUCUUUUGUAUGAUUGAGGAGCCGAGAGUGGGAAAUGUCUGUCUCUUUUAGCCUCUGGGCUGUGGUAAUGUAUUGUAAGUGAUUAUAUUAUAUAUAGGUAUGAUGGAGAGUAAUGUAGACUGCUUCUGACUAGGGUGGGGCAGGGGGAGUGGCUCUGAUGAUCAUGUGAUAAGUCAUUGCCUGGCUAUUGGCCACUGCUCCACCUCGAGGCAGCAGAGUCACUGCUUUUCACGUCAUUUGUUUUAAACUAUGUCUGUCGUUCUGUGUUCUGCUGUGACAGUUUAAAGUUUUUAUGUUAUUUUAAUUACCGUGGAAGUGUCUUGAAUGUUUGUUUGCAAUGAGUGGAGCUUAUUUUUCCAGUCAUUGAACUACUCUUCCCACUUAGUAUUGCCGGAUAAAGAACACUGAUUUACUUUAGUAAUUAGAUUUUUCGAAUCAAGUUUUACAGCUUUUCUAAGCAAUUCAGAUCCUGUGACCGCAACCCAGUACGUUUUGGUUCCAGCACCCUUUUCCUCUGGGUCUUAAAUGCACAAGGCCAAAAAGUGUGUGAUUGUGACUGGAGGCUUCUUGCUUUGAGGGAGUCAGAGUCAAAUACAGUGUAGAAUUUAUCGAUAUGUGAAGUAGCUUGUGUUGCCUAUGGAAGGUGCUGCCUGGCACUGGCUGCCUGGCACUGGCUGCCUGGCACUGGCUGCCUGGCACUGGCUGCCUGGCACUGGCUGCCUGGCACUGGCUGCCUGGCACUGGCUGCCUGCUGAUAUGAAUACGAUGGUGCUGUAUUGUAAUACGCAAUGCAAACUAAAAUGCCCUGUACCUCAUUUGCAUGGGACUGCAGUCCCUUUUAAACACUGGAUUUUAUUUUUUUGAAACAUUUAUGGUAUUUUGGAUGUUUGAUUUCUGUAUUAGUGACUGUCUGAAGACUGUCAUGAUGUUUGAACUGAGCUACCUAGUAUGUGUUCUUUUUCUAGAAAUUUGGAGCCUGGUUUAGUUAAUUUAUCACUUGAGCGCUAAAUGGAAGAGUUAGUGUAGAUAAGCUGUGUGCUGGAUGAGGCUUAGGGUUUGCACUAAAAUAAAUCAGGAUCCCUGACUGCCAAGA